UUAUCUCCAGCUCGGCGCGACGCAGUCUACACCUCACCACCAAGACAACUGCCCUCCUUCACUAUGCCAAAGCGCAAGAACCAAGCGCUUGCUAACGGAAAAUCUAAAAAGAGAGCCAUCUCGGACGAUGAGGCGCACAAGAACUUCGACGAGGGUCUAUUCGAGAGUAAGAGACUCGCAGGCUACACCAAAUACUACGCGGAGUCGCAACCCUAUAAGCAUGCGGUCAUUAACAAGCUCGUCGACGAUUCGCUCCUGCGCAAAGUGCGCGAAGAAAUCCGUGAACACAUCUCCUUUACGCCCAAGGAAACCGACAUCUACAAGAUCCACCAAUCCGGCGACCUAGCGAACCUCGAUGGUCUGGACGAUUCAGCGCUCAAGCGCUUGCCUUCUCUACUCACCCUCCGCGACUCGCUAUACUCAUCCGCCUUCCGCAAAUACCUAUCUUCGAUCACUGGGUCUGGGCCAUUGAGUGGAAAGAAGACAGACAUGGCUGUGAACGUAUACACACCAGGAUGCCAUUUAUUGUGCCAUGACGAUGUCAUUGGUAGUCGGCGUGUAAGCUGGAUCCUAUACCUCUUGGACCCUGAUAAGCCAUGGAAGCCUGAGUAUGGAGGUGCGCUGCGGUUGUAUCCCACAGAGCACAAGAAGACUUCAGACGGCGAUGAGGUUAAGGUGCCAUCACCUGAGUUCUCGCUUGUCAUACCACCUGCCUGGAAUCAGCUGUCUUUCUUCACAGUCCAGCCUGGAGAGAGCUUCCACGAUGUCGAGGAGGUCUACAGGAGGGGCCUUGAUGAGAUGGAAGAGGAUGACGGCGGGCGAGUGCGCAUGGCGAUCAGUGGCUGGUUCCACAUCCCACAAGAGGGUGAAGAGGGGUACGAGGAGGGUCUCGAGGAGAAGCUCGCCGAGAAGAGUUCGCUCGCACAACUGCAGGGCGGCAAAGCAGAUGUCUUCGACGAGCCUCAGGCGCAUUGGGUGGAGAACCCAUAUUGGGAAGAACAGGCGAAGCAGGAUGAUGACGAUGUUGAGCUCACGGAGACGGAGAUCGAUUUCCUUAUCAAGUACAUGAACCCUAACUACCUCACACCUGACACCGUCGAAGAAGUCUCAGAACUGUUCCAGAACGAGUCUUCACUACGACUUGCCGGCUUCUUGUCAGCCAAGUUCUCCGCGCGCCUGCGCGAGUACCUCGAGUCCAAGGAUCACGAAGCCAACCCAAGUCUAUCAUCAAACCCUCACAACAACAAGGACGCAAAGGUUGGUGUUGCGCGCCCACCACACAAGCAGCGUUAUCUGUACCGCCAAGCCGUUCAACCCAUCCCAUCAGAAGGUUACCCAGAGAACAGCGGCAUGACGCCUUACGACGAACUCGUCGACAACCUCUUCCCGCACCCAGCAUUCACAAAAUGGAUCUCGCUGGUGACCGGUGCCACCCUCACAAAGAGCAAUGUCUUCGCGCGCCGCUUUCGCCGUAGUCUUGACUACACGCUCGCCACUGCCUACGAGGAGGAAGACCCUCAGCUAGAAGUCUGUCUCGGUAUUACGCCCUCCAAGGGCUGGGGUGAUGAAGAUGAGGCUGAGGAGGAGGCUGAGGAAGAGCCUAAGGAGAACGGUAGCAAGGGCAAGGGUAAGGGCAAGGGUAAAGCUAAGACCAACGGCAAGUCUGAGCCUAAGCAGAAGCAAGAAGAGGAAGAGGUCGGUGGAUAUGAGAUGUACAUGGCUGGUGAAGAUGAGGAUGAUGCGCCGACCGGCGAGCCCUCCACAAGCACAGGUGCUGGUCAGAGACGCAAGGCAAAGGCUGAUCCUGCAAUCUACAAGAGCGCAGGAGAUGAUGAAGAUGAUGGUAUCUUGUUUAGUCAGCCCGCUGCUUGGAACAACCUCGCGAUUGUGUUGAGGGAUAAGGGUGUGCUGAGGUUCACGAAGUAUGUCAGUAAGAGCGCAAGGGGCGACCGCUGGGACGUGUGCGCAGAGUACGGUGUUGAGUUUGGGGAUGAUGACGAAGAGGACGCAAACGAGGAGUAG